UUCCCGCUCAACCUUAUCUUCACCACCGCAUACUCCCUCUCCCUUCUCACAAACAAAUUUAGGAAGAAAAGCUCACCCGAGACAACCGGGAGUAGAGAGCUUCGGACGAGGAGAUGGCCUGCUGGUUGGGGGCAGCCUGCAGAGUGGCGGCAGCGGGGGUCUUGCGGUCUGAGCGGCAACGACUCAGCCUUCCUCUAGCACUGACGGCGGCAAAGAGGGCCAGCGUCUUGGAGCAGCAACGAGAGGAAGCAGCCGGCAGCGCUCGCGCUGUCCAAGGGUGUGUGGCGAGCCCAACUACUACUAAGGUGACAGAUAACCAAAUGGAGAGUGAAGUCGCAAUGGGCUACACGAUGACCCAAAUCUGUGAUAGGUUUAUUGAGUUCUUCAUGCAUGAGAAGCCAGAAACAAAGGACUGGAGAAAAGUAUUGGUUUUCAGAGAGGAGUGGCAAAGAUACAGACCACACUUCUACAAGCGCUGCCAAGUGUGUAUAGAUGUGGAAACUGAUACUUCUGUGAAGCAAAAGUUGAUUGUACUCGCUAGAAAAGUAAAGAAGAUCGAUGAUGAAAUAGAGACGCACAUGGAACUCUUCACAGAGCUCAGAGAGAAUCCCACUGAUAUCAACGCUAUUGUUGCGAGACGAAGAAAGGAUUUCACUGGGGACUUCUUCCGCAAUCUUAAUUUUCUUGUAAAUGCUUACAAUGGCCUUGAUGAGCGAGAUGCAAUUGCCAGGCUUGGGGCCAAGUGUCUAUCUGCAAUUCAUGCAUAUGAUUGCACACUGCAGCAGUUGGACAUUGAUUCUGCUCAAUCAAAAUUUGAUGAUAUAUUGAAUUCUUCUUCACUAGAUGAUGCCUGUGACAAGAUAAAAGGAUUAGCUAAGGCUAAAGAACUUGACUCAUCUUUAGUUCUUCUGAUUAAUAGAGCCUGGGCUGCUGCAAAAGACUCUAAAACUAUGAAGAACAAGGUCAAGGAUAUAAUGUAUCAUAUUUAUACAACUGCAAAGGAAAGCCUCAAAAUCAUCUCACCUCCAGAGAUGAAACUUCUGAAGUACCUACUGAAUAUUGAAGAUCCCGAAGAGAGAUUUGCUGCUCUCGCGUCUGCUUUCUCGCCAGGAGAUGAGCACGAAGUCAAGGAUGAAGAUGCUCUUUACACAACUCCCAACGAACUGCACAAGUGGAUUAAAAUGGUGCUCGAUUCGUACCAUCUCAACAAGGAGGAGACGGAUUUCAUGGAUGCCAGAAGGAUGAGCGACCCGGUUAUCAUCCAGCGAUUAAUUCUUCUCAAAGAGACGGUCGAGGAAGAAUACAUGAAGCAAUACAUAAACCCUGAGGACCAAGAAUCAGAAGACAGGGAAGAACCAGAAUUUUGAGCCUGCAACACCCAUGAAUCGGUGAUGUUUGUAGAAGAUAAGAUGUUUUGUAGGUUGCUAGGGCUAGUAUUGGUCUUAUGAAGUUACAGCCUUACAGAGAGAUAGUUAGGUUGGUACCAUGUAGCAAGUUAAGGUUUAGCUAGAACUUAUGUUUUUUCAUUACACUGAUUACAUGUUCGUAUGCGAUACAAGCAAUAGCAAUCUUCGGUGCAUGCAGUCAAUAUUUCAUCAUCUUUUA